CCCGCCGCUUCGCCCCGGCGGAGGAGCGUCAGUGCCGCCGCGCCCAGAUCGCCUCCGCAGUUCCGCUCCCUCUCUUCGCUUGUCUCUCUGCCCCUCUGCCGCUAGUGGCGUUCUGUCUCGAUCCUAUCCUAUGGCGCGACCUCCCCCAGCCCUCUCCCCCAAAAUGUCGCCAUCUCUCGCUAGGGUUUCGCUGAAGCUUGGCUACAUCAUUUUAUAUCAGGUCAACUUGAGCAACAGAACAAGAAUGAAAAUGACUGAAGUAGGGGAACCAAAGCGUUUCAUGCACCGAUCUGAUACAUGAACCCACAGUAUUGGUCUUGAUUCUGCCUGAUAAUGUGUGGGUGUAAUAACACUUGUCAAUGUGCCCCAUACAUGUAUUGAUUAUCAGGCGCCGCAAGACAUGGGCCGUGGGUGCCAAAUGAUCGAAGAGACCAGUCAGCAUCAUGACACUGCUGAAUCUGAUACACUGUGAGUACUGGCCUCCAAGUCGUCUCUCCCACCAGCACUUCAUCUCCUGUUGUUCAAAGCUUCCUCCCACUUGCAGCGGCGAUGUACGAGUAGCAUGAGACUCACACAAGCUCCUCAGUCAGGGUCUUGGACUGGGCUGUGCACUGUGUAGAUCAGAAGAAGCUUACUUCCUCUUGCCUGCCCUUUGGGUUUCUCGGUUUGCAGCUGCCACUAUUUAACACCCUAGUAGCCACUCAUUUCUUUCUCCCAUGCACAACUUGUCUUCCCUCUCUUCCAACACCAUUUCUUCUUAGCUCCUCUCCGUCCCUGUCUGCCACCACUUCUGUCCCUCAAACUUGUCUCACUCCAACCAUAAACCCGCACUGUCUUGGGCUCUCUCUGCCAAGUAUCCAAUUCCUAAGUACAUCCGAUCACUCACAUUUGCAGUGAUGUCGAGCCGUAGGUCAAGGUCAAGGCAGUCCGGCUCGUCGAGGAUCACUGACGAGCAAAUCAGCGACCUUGUCUCCAAGUUGCAGGACCUCCUUCCCGAGGCGCGUCUCCGGGGCAAUGAUAGAGUGCCAUCUUCAAGGGUGCUGCAGGAGACGUGCACCUACAUCAGGAGCUUGCACCGGGAGGUGGACGACCUGAGCGAGAGGCUGUCGGAGCUGCUGGCGACCUCGGACAUGAGCAGCGCGCAGGCGGCAAUCAUCCGCAGCUUGCUGAUGUAGAGCCGGCUCCCAUGCAGUGCGCAGGCGCCUCGUCGCUGUCUUGCUGAGCGCACAAGCCUGAAUUUGAGCGUUUGUAGCCUAGGGAGCGAUCUUUAAUUAGUACCGGAGUUGCAGGUUACCUACUUAAUCCGCGUGUGUGCGCUGUCGUCGUGUCAUCAUCGUCUUAAUCAGGCCCAUCUUUUUUGUGUGUGUACUUAAAUCAAGUCGUUAAAUCAAACCCCGCCCGUGGUUCGUGCAAA